UUUGGGUGUAUUGCUCUGUUUUAUAUCUGAUUAAAACCGAGGACCUCAGCAGGAACUUGUUUUUUUCUUUCUUCACGUCAGUGUGGCACUGAACUUCCGUAUCUACAGCAGUUAUUUUGAGUUCUGUUUCUGUUUGUAAUCUUUUUAAUUUACGAGAAUGUCAGUAAAUCACUCACUCUUAUUGCUUAUUUUUCUUCUGAUCUUCAAAACAGGGUUCAGUGAUGUGUUUGUGAAGACGGGAGCUUCUGUUCAACUGGAUAUACAGACACAGGAACUACCAAAGAUUCAUGUCUUAACAUGGAGAAAAGACCAAUCAAAAACAAUAGUUACAUUUAUAACUGCAACAAAACAAGCAAUACGUGAGAGUUCUUAUGAGGAGAGAGUAGAGUUCAAUAAUGAAACCUUCUCUCUGACACUGAAGAACAUGCAGAAGACAGACAGUGGACUCUACAGAGCAAGAGCAAUAGAGGAUAAUAAUAAAUUAUUUGCUGAAUACAAAGUAUCUGUUAUAGACACCGUGGAGGCUCCUGUCCUGACUGUGAACUCAAACUGGUCCAGCAGUGAUUCCUGUACUGUGAACUUCACAUGCAGAUCUCAUGAGCUCAUGAUUAACUCCACCUAUCAGAACAACAGAUGCUCUCCAGAGGAAGUGACAUCACAGAUCAACACUCUCAUCCUGGACUGCAGUGAGAAAUCCAUCAUCUGUAACCAUAGCAACCCUGUCAGCUGGGAACAAGACAGAAUAAACAUUGAAGAGCUCUGUGUUAAUAAGGAGGAAACCCCAGAGGAGAGGAAGCAGUCAGAGUCAUCUCUACUGUGGCUAGUAGGUGUAGGUGUUGGUGUUCUGGUGACAGCGGGCAUUUUGGUAUUAGGUAUUCUCUUCCUCAAGUAUAAAAAAGGUGCCCAGGAGGAGGUAGUAGAGGGUUGUACACUCUAUUCUCAAGUUCAGGUUCAGGGAAUGCGGAAAGUCAACAGUGACUGCCAAGCAUAUGAUAUUCCAGACCAGGUUCAAGCCCAGACACAAGAGGAAUCUGGAGAUAAACGGCCCAACACAACCUACUGCACAGUAGGACAAUACCAAAAACCAACAAUCGAAAAGUCUGAAACAGACCAUACAAUUUAUUCAGUAGUGUGCAAACCAUCAAACAAGAAACCACCCGCCAUUUCACCUGAUGACGCUUAAAAAUAAACUGUGGCUAAUGGGGAAGUUGUCACAAGGCCUGAUCUCAAAACGGCAUUGGCCAUAUCUUUAUGUGGUAGAAAUAAUGAGAACAGUAUGCUAGUAUGUUAUUCUGAAAUUCAGCCAAGGCUGUCCAAUUAAGGUGUGCUUUCUCUAGCACUGGUUUAAUAUCCGGAUCCAAAAGGUCUUACUUUUUGUGUAUGAAUGUGAAUUAUGCCAUUAAUUUGAUUUUGAUUGGCACAGAACUUUCUAACUUUCAAAAAUAAUCCCACAGUGAUAUUAACUUGAGCAAACUGUGACAACUAACCUCACAUGGAAAUUAAAAGGUGGUUGGAUAAAAUA